AUGAACAAGGUUAUUAAAGACGAUCAUGGAUGGAAGCUAAAAAUAAAUGAUGAAUCGUCCACCAAAGACCUUUUCAAUCAUAUUUUUCAAAAUAGAGAAUUCACAGAAACUAAUGUCGCUCUUUAUAAUUUGCCCAAAUUAAAGUUCCUUUUGGACAGAUGAUAUCAGAAACUUCCAUCAGUCAGGCCUUAUUAUGCAGUAAAAUCAAAUCCAGACCCUGAAAUCAUUUCAAAGCUAGCCUCUUUAGGAGCAGGAUUCGACUGUGCAAGCAGAAAAGAAUUAGAAUUAGCAGCACAGCACGCAAGCAUAAAUUUCGAGGCAGACAUUAUCUGUGCUCAAACAUUUAAGUCUCCAGCUGAACUAAAUCCCCCUUUUUAAAUUAGACAAAAGAUCAGUAAAAUUUCCAUUUUUUUGUAAGAAGAUUUUUUUCAAUUGUGAAAAUGAGAAUUAGUUUUGACCUAAUUCAAUGGAAAUGUUGAAGAAAAAUAUUAUUUAAGCAGUUUUCACUGAUUUCCUAAAUAUUGCAUUCAACUUAUAUUUUUAAGUUUAAGUUUAUUGAAUUCUAUUAUUCCUCUAAAUUCAUCCAGUUCUGAAUUGUAUUCGCUACGUACAAGCCCAACUGUGAGUAACAGUGGAAAAACGGGCCGACCCUUAGACUUGACAACUUGCAACAGCUCCUAGGAUUCUCUGCCUGAGCAAGUAUCGGUUCAGGUUAACUUCUCUUUUAGCUCAACCUUCUAGAGAUCAUGAGUCUCUUCAAAUAAGUUGAGCUGUAGGGAAUAACCUUUACUCUAAUUGCCAUUUUAAUAUUGUGAACUUAUUAUUUUAUUUUUUUAUAAAAAUUUAAUAUAUUCAAAAAAAAUUAGCACCCCUUUAAGUAGAGCAGGAUUUUUUGUUCAUAUUUAAAGGGGAAUGAUUAAGAGCUAUUUCUAGCCUAGGAGUCAAAUACACCACUUUUGAUUGUGUAGAAGAGCUACAGCAGGUUAGGCUAUUUAAAGUCAGGUGCUAGUCAUAUUGGUGACGCAGUCACCAAGACUUUCCAUGCGGAAAGUUCUACCGCUUCUCGAUUCUAACCCAGGGUCUAGCCUCGGAAAAGCGAGGUCUCUUCCUGUACUUCUGACUCUUCAUGAUCAACUCCUUGGAGUCUGUCGGGUUCCUUCGACAGCUACAGAAAAAAGACUGCUCCGAUAUGGCCUGGGCCGAAUACCCAGUUUCUCGGUUGAAGAAUGCCCAUGAGUCCUUGGAUCCAAGGGACAUUGCCGAGCACCUCCAUUUCCAACCGUAGGAAGGCAGCCAAAGCCUACCCGGAUACGUAUUAACUAAGGCUGCAAUUGCUUUUCGACUCGAACUCUGUCCCAGUUCUCCGUUUCCAUAAGGUCUGAACCGUUGCGCCAAGAGGGUAUUUGAUAAUAUGUCCAUUUUAAUGUAUAUAGAAGAGCUACAAAAAAUUGCGAAUUUUGGGCUUAGAGACUUAAAAUUGGUGCUUAGGAUUGCUGGAGGCGAUGAAGAAGCUAAUGCUCAAUAUAAUAAAAGAUUUGGCGUCUUAAAAAGCGAAUAUAGAACAGUUCUGGAAUGUGCAGUCCAGCUUGGACUUUCUAUUGUAGGUGUUAGCUUUUAUGUAGGCCAUUCUGUUAAAAAUACGAAUGCUUAUUAUAAAGCAAUCCAAAAAGCCAGUGAUGUAUGGAAAAUAGCUGACUUCCCUUUCCGUGAAUGAGCAACAUUUUUCACUAGCUCACAAAGAAUUGCUUUUCAAAAUUUCAAAGAGUCUCAUAUACAAAAUUUGAAAAUUAAGUGCAAUCUAAUUUAUAAAUAUAUGCUUAAAAAUUAAAAGAAUGAACAACAGAUAAAUUUGAUUAAUUGCAUAUUAAAAAAUAGGAAUAUUUUUUUACUCAUAAGGUUUUUUUUCAAAGAGAAGAAUAAUUUAAUGGUUUACUCACCCAUUGAAGGGGAGUGAGGAAUAUGGAUUUGAUAUGAAAUUGCUAGAUGUUGGAGGAGGAUUUGUCGAGAAAUAUUUUGAAGACGCGGCAAAUGAUAUAAAUCAUGGUAUUGAAGAAUUUUUUGGAGGGAAAAAUAUUACAGUUAUUGCUGAGCCUGGGAAAUAUUUUUCUGCUUCAGUAGUUUCUAGCUGUUUUACUGUUGUAGGAAAGAGGACAAGAGUGUUUGAUGGAGUAAUGAAAAUUGAUUAUGUCAUUUCUGAUGGAAUCAAUGGAACAUUUUGUCAUCUACCCUUAGCUGAAGAUAAUGAAGCCAUUCCCAUAUAUUUGGAGAGAAAUAAAAUGGUGAAGUGACGGAAAUUGGACUCCGAGGCACAUCUAUGGAGCAGAUAGGAACCAUCCUGAUUAAGCUAAAACAGGACCUCAUUCCCUUUUGAAGGGCCUUCAGGCUUCGGGAUGAUUGUCGAAGAGGGAAGUUUUCUUUCUCCCCGAAGGUUUUCCUGUUCCUGCCAGAUGGGCUAGACAGUUUUUGCCUAUUGCAUGGUCUUCACUUGUCGGGACUAUUGGAGCACUCUACUGGAGGUGACUCUGCUCUAGUGGGAGCUAAUCCCUUAGAGAGGUGGCUCAGAUCGGAAAUCCAAAAUGGCAACCUUGCUUCCUCUUUUAUUUCGUGGGGCGAAGGAGGAGACUAUUUUGUAGCCAAGAUGAGGCAAAGGCGGGUGGGUUUGCCCGCUAUGGCUAGUUUAGCAUUUAAGUUUAAAUAUAUAUUUGGGGAGUUUAGAAGAUCCUCCAAAAUAUAAUUCUGCAUUUUAUGGGCCUACUUGUGAUGGAGACGAUAAAAUUACUGAAUGCGAGUUCCCAGUCGUUGAAAUUGGAGAUAAAAUUGCUUUUGAUACUAUGGGAGGGUACACUGCUUCAUUAGCAACUGAUUUUAAUGGAAUUCAAAUGGCUACGCAUACUAAACUCUAUAUUACAGAAGAGUCAUGCUCUAUUGAAUAA